AUGUCCCCAGUGGAGGGCAGUGAAGUUGAAAGUGUGGAUCCUUCUGUGUCCUCAGAGGCAGGAAAGGAAGUUGAGAAGCCAGAUGCUAUUCCAGUGCCUUCAGGAACAGGAAGAGAAGCUGAGAACCCAGAUGUUGUUCUGUCCUCCACCCAGGGAAAAGGAAGGAAGAAUGAGGAUGGAAAUGGGAUGGAGAAACCAGCUGUGGCUGCUGUGUGCCCAGAGAGGGGUCCUGUAGAUCUCAGGUGUGAAACUGAAAUCCAAAGUACUGCACUGUUUCUGAUGACUGGGGCUGAGAACUUGGGUCCAGCCAUGAUCCCAGAAGGGGCUCCUUCUGUGUCCUCAGAGGCAGCAAAGGAAGUUGAAAAGCCAGACUCUGUUCCAAUGCCUUCAGGAACAGGAAGCGAAGCUGAGAACCCUGAUGUUGUUCGGUCCUCCACCCAGGGAAAUUCCACUGAGAAUGGAAAUGGAAUGGAGAAACCAGAAAGAAGUAAAGCACUAGAGGAUGUUCUCAGGAAACUAAAGCUGCAGAAGAAAAAAAGCAAGAAAUUCUCCCUGCAAGAAAUCCUAGAAAUAAGUUCAGGGAGUCUCAAGGAGUGCAUCCCUAGUUCCAUGGGAGACUUGCCGUGGCAUUUUCUGAGGAAGGUCUUGGCUAUGAAUGUCACAGCCAGGAGCACAAGCCUUGAGAAGGAGGCAUUCAGUUGUCGGAGAAGAAGAGAAGAAUUGAAGGAAAACAGAAUCGAGGAGAAUAUUUUCUGUACUGUCAGAAUGGAUAAAAGAGUUUCUGUGAACCCCCUUGAUGUCCUUUGUGCUGUUCUGCUCUGUUCUGACAGUUUCCUCCAGCAGGAGAUCCUUUCCAAAAUGUCCAUGUGCCACAUACAAGAGAUGGCUACUGUGGCCCAUGAUCUUACGAUCCGGGUGGAUGAGGAUUUCAAAGAAUGUCAUGAUGCUCGCAGCUCUGCUGUAGAAAUCACAGGCAAUAUAAGAGAUACAGCAGUUUACAAAAAAGAGAUGCUGAAACUCCAAGGUGAUCUCUGGAAAAACCUGGCAAAAGUGGAGAAAGAAUUGUGCAGGAUGGAGAGGCAAGGGGAGACGCCCUCUGAAGAAUACAGAUCUGAACAGAGAGACAAACUGAUGGCCCUGCGUGAGCAGCAGAACAAGUGUGAUCUCAGUAUUGGUUUGAUAAAUUUUGUCAGCAGCAUCAAGCAUUCACAGUCAGCAAAAAAGCACUACUUCUUAAAAUGGAUGAAGGUCAACCUGGACAAGAUUGCAAGGGGAAAUAUUUCCAAAUUACGAGCUGAGUAUAAAGAGAAAUGCAGGAAUUUAGGAGAUGAAAUCCAGAAGAUAGCAGAGGUAGACCAGCUGAUUUCUUCUUCCUCCUUGGGUGUUGAGCACUUCCUGAGAGAGCUGGGUCAGUUUUAUGAGGCGGAACGUCUGAUGGUUCGAAAAGGCAAAUUACCUAAAAACAGAAGGCAGUUUACCCAUUUCCCCAGCAUUGUUGCUGACCUUAUGCUGGAAGGAUUUCCUUUAGAACUGAUUGAUGGAGAUGCUUCCAAUAUUUCCCUUCAGUGGAUAACUGAUGUUUUGACUCAACUCAAUAACAAACUGAGAAGUCGAUCCAAGAUGUUUGUGAUAACUGUGCUGGGGGUCCAGAGCACUGGGAAGUCCACCCUUCUCAACACCAUGUUUGGACUGCAGUUUGCUGUGAGCAGCGGCCGAUGUACACGAGGGGCCUUCAUGACUCUUCUUAAGGUCCGAGAGAACCUGAUUCAGGAGCUGGGCUGUGAUUUCAUCCUGGUGAUUGACACAGAAGGCUUGAAAGCCCCUGAACUGGCCAAACUGGAAGACAGCUAUCAACAUGACAAUGAGCUGGCCACUCUGGUGAUUGGGCUCAGUGAUGUAACAAUAGUGAACAUGUCCAUGGAGAAUGCCUCUGAAAUGAAGGACAUCCUGCAAAUUGUGGCUCACGCCUUCCUGCGGAUGGAGAAGAUCGGGCAAAGACCUAACUGCCAGUUUGUUCAUCAGAAUGUCAGUGAUGUUUCUGCACAUGACCAAAAUAUGAGGGACAGGAAUCGCCUCUUGGAACAACUCAAUGAAAUGACCCAGGCUGCAGCAAAAAUGGAAAAGAUUGGCAGGGAUAUCAAGUUUUCAGACAUCAUGGAUUAUGACCCAGAAAUACACAACUGGUACAUUCCAGGCCUGUGGCACGGAGUCCCACCUAUGGCUUCAGUCAGUCGAGGGUACAGUGAAAAGGUCUUUGAGUUAAAGAAGUACCUGUUUGAAUUCUCAAGGAAGCGUUCUGUUAAAAAGAGUCUCAAAGACAUCCCUCAAUUUAUCGAAUGGGUUAAGAGUCUUUGGAAUGCUGUAAAACAUGAGAACUUCAUCUUCAGCUUCCGAAACAGCCUCAUAGCAGAAGCUUAUAACCACCUGUCUGCAAAAUACUCUGAAUGGGACUGGGGCUUCCGCAGAGAGAUGCACCUCUGGGUGUCUGAGCAGCUAACUCUGAUACAGAAUUCUUCUUCUGGUGAACUAGAUUGCUUGAAGUGGCGAAAUGAGCUUCAACCAAAAUUGUUAUGUGGGGAGAAACAGAUUUUGGAGAGUCUGAACAAAUACUUUGAAAGUGGGGCAUCAAAUCUUCAUCUGGUAGAGAAGUACAAAGAAGAUUUUGUCAGGAGUGCCAACAGCCUCAAGCGUGAACUUGAUAAUUAUUCUUACAAUAAAUGCAAUGAUGUCCUUAACAUUAAAAAGGGACGGUACAAGAUUGAUACACUUCAAAUGGAAUACUUGAAAGUAAUUGAAGGGAAAGUUGACAGGCUUCUUAAUGAAUGCAGGAAAGAAGAGCGCAGAUUGGAUAAUCAAGAGCUGAAAACAGAGUUUGAAAGAAUGUGGACAGAAACAUUGUCAGAAAUAUCACCCAUUCACUUAGAGAAUCGGCAGAUUUAUCUAGAUAUUGAAAGGUGUUUGAGAAAGGACUUGUCUCAUCGUGGAAGUUCAGUCAACCUAAAAGUACAAGAAGCAAAAUCUUUGUUAGACUACAGGAUGAACACCUUUCAAGUUAAAUCAGAGUAUAUAAAUUCAUCACUAUGGUAUAACUCAAGAGUAUGUUUUCUAAAGAUCAUUUAUGCAGAGGAAGUUGCUAACUCAUUGGUGUCCAAAUGCAUUUUGUUCAUUAAUGAAAAGGUCAACUCCAGAGGAGACUAUGAUGAAACCUAUUGUGUUGAACUUCUGCAUAUCAUCAAUCAAAUGCUCCAGGAGGGUGAGAUUCAAAAACAUACAUCGCCUUCCUUUGAAGUGGACCUGAAGCUUCACAUUUUAGGAGAAGCUGCUCAUUUUUUUCAGAAGAUACAUGAAGAUUUCAUUAAGGAAAAUGAUCCCCAGGUAUGCCUGGAAAAAUUGAAACCACAAUAUUUCUCCAUUUUCAGAAAUCAUUAUCUGGAAAGAGAUGAACAACAAAAUCGGGCUAAGGAUUUCUGUGACCUGUGCCUCCAUCCUGCCUUGGUGGACUAUGUCAACAAAAGACUUGGGAUAGAAAUAGUGGAUGAUCUUCUCAAUAGCACACAGGCCAUCGGAUAUGCGAGUCGGAGCUUUUUCCAGUUUACGAUUCUGAAGGAGCUGUUGGAAGACAGAAGUGUCAACAACUAUGUGCAAUACAACACAUCCUAUGAAAAGUUUGUGAAGAGCUGGAUCAUGAGACAAAUACUGCACCGCUAUGCAGACAAGCAUUAUUUGAAGAACCUGGAGAAGAACAUUCUCUUCUCAAUAGUAAAUAAAAUUUGGGAAAUGCUAGAGAACCUGAAAUACAAAUGUUUUCAGCAGAUCUCAGAAUUUUUAGAAUUCUUUUGCAAAGAAAUGCAGAAGGAACUAGUUAUUUCUAAAGACAACCUGAUGGGAAUACAGUUUAAAAACAUGUCUGAUCCCGGGCAAUUUUCUGUCUGUGUUGAAAAUUGUCUUCCUGAUUUGGAAAAACGAAUACUAUCUGAGUUUGAUGCCCUGGAACUUCAAUCCAAGCUCUCCAAACUGCCUGUGAAGCCCCAGGAUGAGAUCUUCAAACGAGUAUUCGGCUGUGGGAAGCAGUGUCCCUUCUGCAAAGUGCCCUGUGAGGCUGGAGGGAGUGACCAUAAGGAGCAUUUUGCAGCUGUCCAUCGCCCUGAAGGACUGGGAAGAUUUAGAUGGUUCGACACUGAAAAGCUUGUUUAUGAAUUGUGUUCUACUCUUGUGGUUUCCCAGUGCAGAUUCAGAAAUGUGGACACCAAAUGGGAAUGGCAUCCACACAAAGAUUACCGAUUCUACUAUCCAGAUUGGUGCAUCCAGCCAGAUCCCAGUAUCAAUGCUUCCGAUUACUGGAAGUUUGUUUUUAAAGAGUUCAAUCGUGAAUUUGCAUAUCAGUUCAAAGCUAUGCCAGCAGACCUGCCAGAGGACUGGAAAAAUAUAACCCAGAAACAGGCACUGAAGGCUUUAAAGGAAACCUAUAAUAUGAAGUAAACACCAUUACCUUAAAAGAGUUUGGUUUCAUCAGAAUUUGGCAUUAGUGAAACAGUUUAAAAUUUCUGUAAUUUCUCUAUGAAAAUCAAGUGCUGUUUUUGGCUGCCAUGAAAUGAUUCCACAUGUUACACAGGUUACACAUUUAGGUUGUUAAAACAAGCAUCUUAAAAUGUCAUUUGAUAAAUUAAAAAUGUCAUACACUAAAUCAGUGGUAAUAUCCAUUCCUUGCUCUCCAGAACAAUGUAUGUGCUCCAGUGAAGACUGGAUAUAAAGAAAAUGAAGCUCCUUCCCAUUGACAGCUGGUUUUAUUGCUUAAGACAUCAUGUAGAGAGAGAACAUGAACUUCUCUCUCUCUUUUUUUUAAGUGCUCCCACAGAGCAGAAAUGUUUAUUACCGUCAAAAGUAUGUUUAAAAGUAAUCCGCUCCCUCCCAUAAGAUUACUACAUUGAAUCACAAGAAACCUUCAGCAUCUCUUUAAGCCCUUCCAUGAUUGCCCUGCCAUAGAUUUGCCAUUUGGGAAUGGUGGUGAAUUCCAUACUGCAGAACUUGUAAGCUUCUGGUAACGCAAGCCCAUUCCUACUUGGGCUACUGGAAGUCAGCUAACCCAGGCCAUCAUCCACCAAUUUUAUAAUCCUCCUAAUUCUGAUGCAUUCUUUGGGAUUAUUAAAAGUCCCAAACUGGAAGAAAUCUUCUAUAAGAGCAAGCCACGUUACCAGACUUUUCUCAUACAAGCAAAAAAUGAAGCAUUCUGCAAAAUAGGCAACUUUUACUGGACAGCAAAGAAAGCACUUCUAAGAUGGAUCCCCUAGAACAAUACCCAGUCUUAAAACAAUGCUGAUGUUCAUAGAAGGAUUUGCCCAAUGUCAAGUUAAGAAGCUAAAUUUUGAGCCCCUUUCUGGGGAAUGCUUUCAGCAGCUGAUGACCUGUUCCUCCCUACAAGAGCUUCUCUCUCUGCUGUUCCUCCCCCCCCCCCCCCACCGCCCUCAUUCGUUGUUUUUCUUCCUGAGAUCUGUCCAUAGUCCAGGUACUUUUCCUGAACAGCAACUGCCCUGUGAUAACAACCUAACUGGAAUCAGAAAAAGCAGUUUGUGGCAACUGCAAUUCAUGUGUGUGCAAGUUCUUGCCUUUCUUUGAAAAGUUUGUUGAACCUUUUUUACACUUUUUGUUAAUGGUAAAGAUGUUCUAACUACUGGUGGGUAUAGAGGACAACCAGGUUUUGAGGGGAGGGGAGAUUGUUUCUAAAAUGUUGAACUUGAGCAACUGUUCUAUGUACUGACUUUACUCUUUUCAUAUGUUGGAUUGUACUGUUUACUAUCUGAUGCAAUGGAUUAAAAGAAAGUUAAUAAACUGAAUUACUGAAAA